UGCCGCUGAGCUAAGCAACACGUAUUAGUGGUGCUCGAAUGGUGCCUGAGCCACAGUAAAAGUCCAACCCACAACGAUGCCACACCACCUGGUCGGAGUAACUCUUGUGCUGCUAGCAUUGGGCCUGGUACAGGCUAAUGGGAAUAUCUUCCAGCGGACAUUCAACAAACUGCACGGGGAGCCACCUGUGCCGGCAAACCAGAAUCGAGCAGAUGAGGUGCAAACAUUGUGGAUCGAGCAGAAGUUAGACCACUUCGAUGAGUCCGAGACACGAACCUGGCAAAUGCGAUAUAUGUUGAACGAUGUAUUCUUUAAAGCCGGUGGACCUUUGUUCAUUUUCUUGGGUGGAGAAUGGGAGAUAAGCACGGGUCGCAUCACAGCUGGACACAUGUAUGAUAUGGCCAAGGAGCACAAUGGACUGCUGGCCUACACUGAACAUCGAUACUAUGGCGAAAGUCAUCCACUGCCCGAUUUGUCCAAUGAAAACAUACAAUAUUUGCAUGUAAAACAGGCCUUGGCCGAUCUGGCACAUUUUAUAACCACCCAAAAGGCUACCUAUGAGGGCUUGAGUGAUUCCAAAGUCAUAAUUGUCGGUGGCUCCUACUCGGCAACGAUGGUCACUUGGUUCAAGAAAACCUACCCCGAUUUGGUCGUAGGUGGCUGGGCUUCCAGUGCUCCACUCUUCGCCAAAAUGAACUUUGUGGAGUACAAGGAGGUUACAGGACAAUCCAUAGCCCUAAUGGGCGGUUCUGCCUGUUACAAUCGCAUUGAGAAGGGCAUUGCCGAGAUGGAAGCGAUGAUUGCUAGCAAACGCGGAGCUGAGGUCAAGGCUCUGCUGAAGCUUUGCGAACGUUUUGAUGUGUACAGCGAUCUGGAUAUAUGGACACUUUUUAGUGAGAUCUCCGACAUAUUUGCUGGCCUCGUCCAGACUCAUGAUGCUGGAAACAUUGAGGGCGUGUGCCAGAAGAUCAUGGCUGAAAGUUCCGAUCUUGUUGGAGUAAGCAGUUACAUUCUCAGCGAAUUUGAAAAGAGCGGUGGCAACUGCCACGACCUUAGUUAUGAUGCCAUGAUUGGCGUACUUUCGGAGUCAAGGUACACCGGAAAUAUAAUGCGUCAAUGGAUAUACCAGACAUGCAACGAGUACGGCUGGUAUCAGACCUCAGGAUCCGCCGCUCAACCAUUCGGUACCAAGUUCCCCGUAACAUUUUACACAACCAUGUGCGCCGAUCUCUAUGGCGCACAGUUUACCAAUUCCUUUAUCGAGAGCCGUGUGGCUGAAACAAAUGAAAACUUUGGUGGUCUGACCCCAAAUGUGCAGAAUGUCUACCUAACACAUGGUCAUUUAGAUCCCUGGCGUGCAAUGGGCAUACAGGACGAGGCGCAAGCGACCAUUAUACCAGAACAUGCUCACUGCAAAGACUUCGGUUCGAUCAGUGCCGAUGACACUGCUGAAAUGCGCGCCUCAAAAGAACGCAUUGCUGAACUGGUUCGCGAAUGGCUGAAGUAAACAUCUGAUGAAUUUAAGUUUUCCUUAAAAAAAAUUAAAUCUAAUAGUUCGCGUUCUUUAUUCAAUUGCGAUCGUCAAAAUUGCUCUGGAAAUGAAUUGAAUUGUAUAGCUGAUAAAGCACCGC